AUGUUCCAAUCGCCGUCCACCGAGCCGCUCGCGUCGUCGUCGUUCCCGCCGACGCUCGCGCGCGCCCAGAGCUUCCUCGAUGCGCGCACCGCCUUGGACGAAGGCAAGCGCAACCGCAGCCUCUCGGACCUCCAGGUGCGCGGCGGGGUCUUUCGGCGCGGCCCGAUCGAUUACAAUGGCUGCGGCGCGUUCCUCGGCACGGCCGAUGGCCGCAAGCGUGAGAGCCGCUGCGGCAACUGCGGCGACUUUGACCAUAUUACGGUCGACUGCACACUACUCACGCUGUCGCCCGAUGCGAGCGCGCCGCCGCACAGCUACAUUCAGAAGGAGCGCCGUCGGUCCAACUCGCUCCUUGAAAUGUGCAAGGAAGAAAGCGACAAGCUCGCGCUCGAGCAGGCGCCGAGCCAUACCAAGCUGGACGACGACGACGAACACGAUCCGCUGGCGCUCGCGUGA